GGCCUGCGAGAGCCGCGCGACGGGAGCAUCUCCGUGCGCUGGGCCGCCGCUGUCUCCGUCCCGCCCCGACCCCGGGCCUCCGGGCGCUUUGGUUCAGUCCCUGCCCCCCGACUUUAGACAGAUUGCAGGGGCGCCAACCGCCAACCGCCUCGAGACCCUCCCGCGCCGCUCGGCUCCCUCCUGCACCGGCCUUCCCGGCCCCUCGCGCCCAUGGCAUCCCCCGGCGGAGCUCGGAGGUGGCAGCUGCCCUUGCUGCUGCUGCUCGGCCUCGUGCAUGGUGCAUCAGCAUCCGUGUUUGUGGUGAAGAAUGGCAACGGGACAGCUUGCAUCAUGGCCGACUUCUCAGCUUCCUUCUUAGUGAACUAUGAGACUAAGAAUGGUUCUAAGGUUGCGCACUUUGACCUGCCAUCAGAUGCAGAAGUACUCAAUAGCAGCAGCUCCUGUGGUAAAGAGAACGCUUCUGAGCCCCGUCUCAUGAUUGCCUUUGGAAGAGGAUAUAGCCUGGCACUCAAUUUCACAAGGGAUAAAACCCAUUACAGUGUCCAGAGGCUAAGUUUUACUUAUAACUUGUCAGACACACAUAUUUUCUCCGAUGCAAGCAUUGAGGGAACCCAAACUCUGGAAUUCUCUACUGACAUCAGAGCAGACAUAGAUAAAAAAUACAGAUGCAUGAGCCGCAACCCGAUGCACAAGAAUAAUGUGACAAUCACACUCCAUGAUGCCACCAUCCAGGCAUACCUUUCACACGGCAACUUCAGCAAGGAGGAGACUCGCUGCAAGGAAGAUGAACCUUCCCCCACAAUAGCACCAAGUCCAAAGCCUACAACCCCUUCGCCUUCUCCAGCGCCAGAAAACCCAUCAGUGUUUAAGUACAACGUGACUGGCAGUAAUGGAACUUGUCUGCUCGCCAGCAUGGCCUUACAGCUGAACAUCACCUAUGAGAAAAAGGAUAACACGACUGUGACCAGAGUGGUCAACAUCAACCCGAACAAGACGAGCAUCAGCGGGAGCUGCUCCCCUCGGGCGGUGACGCUGGAGCUCCGAGGAGAAGAUGUCCAUCUGCUUGUCUUCAGCUUUGGGAUGAAUACAAGUUCCAGCCGUUUCUUCUUACAAGGAAUCCAGUUAAAUACCACCCUUCCUGAUGCCAAAGAGCCCGCUUUUAAAGCUGCCAACAACUCGCUGAGAGCACUUCAAGCCGCCGUUGGGAAUUCUUACAAGUGUAAUGCCGAGGAAAACAUUCAAGUCACAAAGGCUUUUUCAGUCAACGUUUUCAAAGUGUGGGUCCAGGCUUUCAAGGUCACAGGCGAUGAGUUUGGAUCUGUGGAGGAAUGCCCGCUGGACGAGAACAACAUGCUGAUCCCCAUCGCCGUUGGCGGCGCCCUGGCAGGACUUGUCCUCGUCGUGCUCAUCGCUUACCUGGUUGGCAGGAAGAGAAGUCAUGCUGGCUACCAGACAAUCUAGCGCUGCCCUGGGCCUCCGCCACCGUAGACCAGCGGCACUUGCCAGAGGUCAAUAGUCAUUGUCCCCGAGCUUAAAUUGGUAUUGAGAGGGAGGCAUACUUUCUUGCAAACUGUUUUCCAAGUCUGCUUUAUCAAAUGUGAAGUUCAUCUUGCAACAUUUACUAUGCACAAAAAAGUAACUAUUGAAAUGACGGUGUUAAUUUCGCUAACUUGGUUAAAUAUUUUGCUAACUGGUUAAAUAUUAAUAUUUACCAAAGUAGAACUCUAAGGUUAAGGGCAAGAGUGCUUUUCUAUGCUGGCACUAACUCCACUCUCUCUCCUGACUCCCCGAGAUCCUGGUGUCUGGUUUCUUGGUUCCUUCAUUUGUGUUCAGAUUUAAGCCUUCCGAAGGGAAAUCUGGGACUCCACGCGUAGAACUCACGACGGUUAGCUAACUGCGGGGCUGACACGGGCAAGAAAUUCAAAAUCAUAGAGAAAGAGACUUUCACAUAUUCCAAAAGCUGAAAAUAGACAAAAGCUUAAAUUAAGCUUUUGAUGGCCAGGCCUGGCCCGUUUGGGACCGAACAAUUCUGCAUUCAGGCAUUACAGCAUUAAUUGGGCGUCUCCUUGGAUAUUUUUGAUGCUCCGCCGCUUAAGAGCUGGCACUUUUUUAAAUUAAAGAAAGGGGGGAGGGGGUGUUGCUUUUAUUUACUUUUUUUGUAAAGUGAUUUUGGCCUUCUGUUUGAGGUUCAGGGUGACCCUAUUUCUGCACUUGUGUACAGUAUAGAUUUCACUCUACUGAUUGAUCUGCUUUCAGCUUGGUUGGGGUUGUACACUUUAAGGGUCGGUUCAUAUGUAACGCAUUGCCUGUAACAAUGCUAAUAAAAAUUCUCUUUCUUUCUU